AUGGAAUUUGUGGACGCUAUCGGGGAGCUGAAAGCACUCCCCGAAGGAACCCACCUUCUUUGCCCGAGACAGAGCGAAAAUGACUAUGGACGCUAUGAUGACCCGAGCCAGCCGGAUGAAAAUGGAAAGAGCACUAAAGACAUCGUGACAGAAGCCAAGGCUCGCAAGGAAAAGUUCCUCCUAUCUAUGCGUAUUCUCGCCUACAACGCAGAGGGUGUAGAGGAGCUACAGACUUGGGUCUUGAGCAAACUGGACGAGUCUUUGGAAAAGUGCGACCUCUGCAUCAAGCAGUACUACACCGGCAAGGUCUGGCUCAUGGACCAGCUUAAGGAGUCGUACCAGGAUGAAGAUAUCGAGGAAUUUGCGCAGCGACUGGACGAAUGGGACAUUAAGCGCAUCACAAGGAAUCUGGCUACGGCAACGACACAACUUAGAAAGGUUCCUCCGCAAGAAAUCAAUCUCAGUGUCUUGGAUCGGGCUGCAUUGCUCUCCAUCUUUGAGACUUUGAGUUGCGAGGCGAUGCUGCGAAAUGAACAGCUUCUCCAGGAGCAUUUUGAUGAGCCAUUCAAGCUCAUUCAGUCGAAGAGAUCUUUGAAGAUCUCUGAUUAUGUUCCUGCUGUCACUCGCUUCCUGUUUGACUCGAACCAAGCUCGCAGUUUCUGGGCCAUCUCGACAUGGACACGAUACGCUCGACCCCCUACGAGCGAGGAGUUUGAAUGGGCGAUUCGAGAUGGUCUGCUCGCUUGCAGUGGUUCAGCGAUUGUGGCGUGGGAUGCAGCUAAUUGUCCGGAGGCUAGAAAAGAUCAAAUCACACAUAAUCUCCGUGCUUUAGAUAUUGAUCCUUGUCGUCUGUCCGUGGACCACUUACAUCUACAAACUCCCGGACUGAGAUUCCUUUUGAAUACCAUUCAAAUCCUGCUGGAGAAAGCUCCUGGUGAUUUCUGGGACGCCAUGCAAACCAUCUCUCCUCAAGCCAUCGUCGAGCAGAUCUUUGCCAGUUACCAAUUCAGGGCCUUCCUCAUGCAGACCAGCGAAGGUGAGGCGUAUGAGAAGUCUGCUUUGAAAGAUAUGCUAUCAUGGAUCAGCCCAUUCCUGGCAUCACUCAAGGGCCACCAUCAACCCUCUGCAUGUCGGUACUUGGCCACACAGUUGCUGCAGCGUCUACAAGAUGACCAGUACCCCAACCUUGCUCGAUACCACUGCUUUCACGUUGGCCUGAACAGUCUCCUCAGUACUCUCCGCCGUUUCACAGACCAUGAAUCCUCAAGAAGCUCCGUUGACAGCGUCGUCCUGAAAGAGACCAUGGAUGUCGUGGUUGCUACUAUCUACGUUAUUCUCAAUCCUCCAGUGUUCAACAUUGAGCAGGGCCGCCAAGAAGAAAUCAAAUCUUUAUGCAUGGAUGUUGUUCGCAACACGCUAGCCCUAGAGUGCCAAUCGUUGAAGAGUGACUACGAGGUUAUUCUAAAGCACGGCACUCUCUCACAUGGCGUGUCCACCUACUCAGCGCCUGUGUGGGAGGCAGUGAUCAAGCAUCUCCAUCAAGACAACCUUGCCCUGUCGACAGCUGCUCUGCUGGGAGUCCUUCCUCUCGUUGGCCUGGAGAAAUUUCCGCCCAAAGGCGAGGGCAGUAAAGAGAAGACACAUUUCAACAUGAUCUAUGGUCAUCUCACUCGCCUUUCCUGCCAGAUGAUCGAACGUCUGGCCGAUUUCCCGCCCGAACACCUGAAGCCUCUUUUCCAAAGCCAGGAUACCAGUAGUGCUCUCAUCUCCACCCUCUUCGCCGCAGAUUUGAACACCUACCAAGCCGCCGUUGAUCUCAUCAAGAACGUCAGUGGUCAAUUCGCACGGCGGGACGCAAUCUCCUACCUUCUCGAGUCGUUUUUCACGACCUCCAUGUAUGGUAUGAGUUGGUCCUUCCGUCGAAUUUCCAACAUGAAGACCUUUGCCCCGGCCCCGAGAAUGUUGCAUACGGGAACCGAUAUCGUAGAGAUUCUGUGUAAUAGUCAGACGGGUAUGCUACGUACGCGCAAUUUCGUGGACCGCCGUGAAAUCCUGUCACUUCAGAAACUCUGGGAAUUCCUGUGGCAAUCAUUGACCACGAUCUUUGACGAGACGGAGGCCUGGCAUAUGCGUGGUAAUGACAAGGAAGUCAUGCUUGACUUUUGCCGUGAUACCAUCCAAUUCGCCAAUUUCCUUUUCGAUCAGUAUGGUGUCUUUCUAGGCGCCGUGGGGGGAGCAGAUACUGCGCAAAAGUCAGUUUCAGAGAACUUCAUCAAAUCUCCCACGACCACGAUGAGUGCCAUGGUGAAGUGGUUGCGUCUGAAGGAUGAGUAUCUUGCCACCUCCUUAGUCGCGCUUGUCUCGAAAAUCCUGAGGCGAUUGGGGAGUCUGGACGUGACGACUGUCAAGGCCGACGCGCUGAGUUUCAUUGAAGGCACCGCGGUACAUGGAACAAUCAAAACAAUCCUGACCAGCCGCGACAAGGCAGAACUCGUGCGCUCACUUGAAGCCUACACCAAGAAACCUGUCGUCACUGCUUCCACGGCCUCCCUGAAAAAACAAUCUUCCAUCACUUCGUUUGCCCGCCCCUCCAAAGACCUUUCUUCUCCCUCUUCCCCUUCCUCUCGUGUUCCAAGUGACGAAGACGAAUUCGAAGACAUUCCCGACCAAACUCUUCUGGACCUCUCUCGCUCUGUUGAACUCAACAAAAAUCGCCUCGCCCUGACUGCCAAGCAGAAGGGUCAAUCCCCUCUCGGGAUGCCCGCCUCAACUGCACUUCAGGCGCGGCCUGGGUUUGCCAAGGGACCCAUGGCCCAACGUCUCAAGAAUGAUGCUACCAGCGUCCUGUCCUUCCGCGAGAAGCGCGAGCGAGAGAAAGAGGCCAAGAGGAAACGGGACAUGGCAGAGUUGGCAAAACUCAAGAAGAAUAUGCCUCUGCGUGGGGUUGCGGAACAAACGGCAGAGCAGGGCUCUGGCCUCAAAGGUAUUGGUGUGAAGGGUAAAGACCAUUCCAUUCCCCUGGACAGUAUGAUGGUUUCGUCUGGCUCGGACAGCGAUACUGAAAGUGAAGAUGAACUAGAUCAGGAGUUGUUCGGCGCAAAGCCCAAGAAGUCCGAUUCCGCGGACACCUCUGAGCAGAAGAAGAAGCUCCCCCAGCAGAUGCCCCUAAGGAAGGUCAAGCGCAACCGGUCCAUGAAGGAUAUGCGUGCCCGUCUGUCACCGGAUCUUUCGUCCUUGCAUCACAAGAUUCUUUCCUGGAAUUACUUCGCAACUGGUGAUACCCCAUCUACCUCGGAUCGCACGGAUUACACCCUUGUCUCCAAUUCGUUCCGUUCUCCCGUGGAAUACAAGAACACAUUCGAGCCCCUGUUGAUUCUCGAGGCCUGGCAAGGGUUCCAGUCAGCCAAAGAAGAAGGCGCCUCCUCAUUCCGGCCCUUUGAGGUCAAGGUGAUGACUCGCUUGACCGUGGAUUCAUGGAUCGAAGUCAGUACCCUGCCUCUCGGGCUGCCUUCGAAGGACUUCUUCAUUAGUGAAGGCGAUCUGGUCCUGUUCUCCAACGCCGCAAAGCCCCACGAGAACGAGACUGCCCCUCAUAUCCUUGCACGGGUCGCCCAUGUGAAUCGUAAAGGCGGAAAAAUGGAGGUCACCUACCGCAUGAAUCCUGGACCCAACAAGUUCCUUCAGUCGUUUAGUGUCGGUUCAACCGCCUUCGGAGUCAAGGUCACCUCAUUGAUCCCGGUCGAGCGUGAGUACGGUGCAUUGAUGGCCUUGGAAUACUAUGAUCUUUGCGAGGAGAUUGUGGUUGCCAAGCCGUCGCCACUUCUCACGUACGGGGAUUCCACUUUGCAGCCAUACAUGGACAAUUACGAGAUCAAUCGCGCCCAAGCCAAAGCCAUCAAGUCCGCCAUGGACAACGAUGCUUUCACCCUCAUUCAAGGUCCUCCCGGUUCCGGAAAAACUAAAACUAUCACCGCGCUCGUUGGCAGUCUCCUGACAAAUGCCCUCAGCAAGGUUGCAGUCUCCAUCGGAAACCACAAACCUGCGACUUCCAGGAAAGUGCUGGUGUGCGCACCCAGUAAUGCUGCUGUUGACGAACUGGUUAUGCGAAUGAAGGACGGCGUGAAGACUCGUCAUGGCCGCCUAGAAAAAAUCUCGGUUGUUCGUUUGGGAAGAAGUGAUGCCAUCAAUGCCAAGGUUCUUGAUGUGACCCUUGACGAAAUGGUCAAUGCCCGUAUCAGUCAAAGCCCUUCUGCAUCAAACAACGUGGAUAUGCAAAAGUUUUACGACGAGCACAAGAAGACCGACACUCAGUUUAAAGAACUUCGAGCCAGCCUUGACGAUUGCCGAGCAAAGGGAAUCCAAGCCCCCGAAGAGCUGGAACGCGGGUUUGAGUUGAUGAAGAAGAAGCGAACUCAACUGAGCGCGGACAUUGACAAAGCCCGCGAUCAAGUCUCCACCCUGGCCCGCAAUGCGGACAUGCAGAAGCGACGAAUUCAGCAGGAGGUCAUCGACGGUGCUCAUGUCAUCUGCACCACUCUGAGUGGUUCAGGACACGAGAUUUUCCUGGGCAUGAACGUUGAGUUUGAGACAGUCAUCAUUGACGAGGCGGCUCAAUGUAUUGAGCUGAGUGCCCUCAUCCCGCUCAAAUACGGUUGCUCCAAGUGUAUCCUUGUUGGUGACCCUAAGCAGUUGCCACCUACCGUCCUGUCGAAGAUGGCAUCGAAGUUCCAAUACGAGCAGAGUUUGUUCGUGCGUAUGCAGAAGAAUUUCCCGAAGGACGUGCACCUGCUGGACGUUCAGUACCGUAUGCAUCCUGACAUCAGUGCCUUCCCCAGCCUCACCUUCUAUGAUGGCAAGCUCCAGGAUGGUCCCGAUAUGGGAAAACUUCGCGUUCGCCCGUGGCACCAGAGCGAACUGCUCAGCCCGUACCGGUUUUUCGAUGUUCAGGGUAUGCACCACAGUGCACCCAAGGGUCGCUCCCUGAUCAACUUUGCGGAGAUUCAGGUUGCUCUGCAAUUGUACGAACGGCUGGUCGGAGAUGUCAAAGGCUACGACUUUGAUAACAAGAUUGGUAUCAUCACUCCGUACAAGGGCCAGUUGCGUGAGUUGAGAACCCAGUUUGCGUCUAGAUAUGGCGAAGAGAUUCUGAAGAAGGUGGACUUUAAUACAACCGAUGCCUUCCAGGGUCGGGAGAGUGAAGUCAUCAUCUUCUCCUGUGUCCGUGCUUCCAACAAUGGUAUCGGUUUCUUGGCCGAUAUUCGUCGUAUGAACGUCGGUCUCACCCGUGCCAAAUCCUCCCUCUGGGUGUUGGGUAACUCUGCAGCUCUGAUGCAGGGUCAAUACUGGAGAAGUCUUAUCACAAACGCGCGAGAGCGUAAUGUCUACACCGAGGGCAACAUUCCGAAGCUUCUCGAGCGACCUCAGUUUACGGGCUACAAGGACAUUGAAAUGGUCGAUGUUGAUGUGGCUACUCCGAUUACAACUACGGAGGCCCCUGCUGCGUCAACCGUUCCCGCUCCCAUCAACCCGUCUACUAAAGUCUCGGGCUCUCGAGCUUCCUCAGGGUCGGCUGGCCCCGACUCUCGGCCAGUCGUAGCCUCUGCGCAGUUUUCCACCCCAACGCCUCUCCCUGAUGGUCCCUCUGGUGGUGCGGCGGGUCUGGACGAGACCAAGAUGUGUGGCCUUUGUGGCAGCAACGAGCACUUCACUCACAACUGCGACAAUAAAGAAGCCAAGGAGGUCGCUCGUGGCCAAUGUUACCGAUGCCGCGAAUUUGGUCACAACAAGUUCAACUGCCCUGCCAUCCGCUGCCUCGAAUGCGGUCAGAUAGGUCAUCCCGCUAUCAAGUGCGUCAACAAGCCGCUUCCCAAGCACGAGAAGGCCCGUAUCGCCAAUGACGAGCGUCGUCGUCUUGAGCACCAAAAGCAAAAUGCUGAGCGUCAGCGCCAACGCCAGAUUGGUGGCCAUGAUCCCAAGAUUCCCACCAUCGCGGUGACCACCAAUUCAUCUUCGGCCCCCAAUGAGAACACUGGUAGCAAGCGAAAGCGAAAUGAGCAGCCCGCGGAUGGGCCGAAGGCGUCACGGCCUCGUACCGGUCCAUCGGGUCCACCAUCAAAUGCGCCCAAGGCACCGCGAGCCUUGCCACCUGGCCUCGUUAAUCCUGUGCGCAAUAUCUCCGCCCCGAGGUCGGGCGCAAACAAACCGUCAGCGAACAGUGGUGGUUCUUCGGCAACUGGCUCAAAUGGUACAGAGGCUUCCCGUCCUGCUCCACCCAAACCGCUGCCCCCGAUGAUGCGCAAGAAGAAGGAGGUAGACCCUUUCAUUCGGCGGUCCAAACCGAAACCAAAGUAG